AUGGCGGAGGCCGCGGAGCCAGAGCGGGGAGCCCCGGCCCCCCAGGGGCCUCCCGAGGGCCCGGCCCUCCUGGCGGAGAGCCCGGGCGAGCCGGGGGCUACGCGUCCCGAGGCUGAGGGGCCGGGGGCCGGCGAGGCGCCCGCGGAGGCGCCGAGGGCCGAGGGGGCGGGCGCGGCCGCUGGGAUCCGGGAAGGGGGCGGUAGGCCGGCCGCAGGACCGACGAGCGAGCGGGCGCCAGGCGCGGACGGUGACCCGGGAGCCGGAGCGCAGGGCGCGAGGGGCGUGGGGGCCGGGGUGGAGGAAGCCGCGGUGCGCUCCCCGGGACCAGAGGAGGCGGGCGGUGAGGAGCAGGUGGAAGAGACGAGCCUGGGGCGCGGCGGGCAGGGUCAGGCCCAGGGGGAGCCCCCAGGGGAACUCGCGGCCCCCGAAGCUGAGGAGGAGGCGGAGCGCGGGCCGGAGGCUCCAGGAGCCCGCGCCCGCGAGGUGCUGGGGGACAGCGUGAACGCCAAGGGCCCGGCGGGAGGCAGCGUGGAGGCCGAGGGGUUGGCGGGGGGCAGCGUGGAGGCCGAGGGGCCGGCGGGGGGCAGCGUGGAGGCCGAGGGGCCGGCGGGGGACAGCGUGGAGGCCGAGGGGCCGGCGGGGGGCAGCGUGGAGGCCGAGGGGCCGGCGGGGGGAGGUGUCGAGGCCGAGGAGUCGGCGGGGGCCGGCGUGGAGGCCGAGGGGUCGGCGGGGGCCGGCGUGGAGGACGAGGGGUCGGCGGGGGCCGGCGUGGAGGCCGAGGGGUCGGCGGGGGCCAGCGUGGAGGCCGAGGGGCUGGCGGCAGAGGCGCACGGGGCCGAGGGCGAGCCCCAGGACGGAGGGGACCGCAGUUCCCAGCCCCAGGCUGAGGCUGUUGAGGCCGGGGAGGCUCCUGGCGAGACGGGGGUCCCAGGAGGAGAGGGGCCCGGGAAACCGGCCUCCGAAGGCGCGAGCGCAGACGCUGGCGAGGACCGAGACGCACCUGGGCGCGAGGGGGAGAUGCAGGAGGAGGAGACGGAGAGGCAAGAGUGGGGAUCGGAGGAGCCGAGAGGGGAAGCCGCAGCCAGAGGCGAGGCGGAGCCCCCCGACAGCAGCCCCGAUGCGGAGGCGGCGGUGCCCAGGGGCGCCGCGGAGCCGCAAGACCAGCUCAGCAACCACCUGGCCGAGGAGGUGGCCGGAGUGAAUGGCCGACAGGAGGACUGCGAGGCGUCCGAGGAAGGGGGUCCCUGGCAGGAGCACGACAUCACUCUCUUCGUCAAGGCUGGUUAUGAUGGUGAGAGUAUCGGAAAUUGCCCAUUUUCUCAGCGUCUCUUUAUGAUUCUCUGGCUAAAGGGAGUUAUAUUUAAUGUGACCACGGUGGACUUGAAAAGGAAGCCGGCCGACCUGCAGAACCUGGCGCCUGGAGCCAACCCUCCUUUCAUGACUUUUGAUGGCGAAGUCAAGACGGACGUAAAUAAGAUCGAGGAGUUUUUAGAGGAGAAGCUAGCUCCCCCGAGGUACCCUAAGCUGGGGACCCAACACCCUGAAUCUAACUCCGCAGGAAAUGAUGUGUUUGCUAAAUUCUCUGCAUUUAUAAAAAACACCAAGAAGGAUGCAAAUGACAUUUAUGAAAAAAACCUCCUAAGGGCCCUGAAGAAGCUGGACAGUUACCUAAGUAGCCCUCUGCCUGAUGAGAUAGAUGCCUACAGCACCGAGGACGUCCCUGUCUCUGGAAGGAAAUUCCUGGACGGGGAUGAGCUCACCCUAGCCGACUGCAACCUCUUACCCAAGCUCCACGUCAUCAAGAUCGUGGCCAAGAGAUACAGAGAUUUUGAAUUCCCUCCUGAAAUGAGUGGCCUCUGGAGAUAUUUGAACAAUGCCUACGCCAGGGACGAGUUCGCAAACACGUGUCCAGCCGACCAGGAGAUUGUACACGCAUAUUCAGAUGUGGCAAAAAGAAUGAAGUGA